ACUUUCCGAACACAGUAUUGUAGUUAUAUCACUAAAAUAUUGUUUGUCAUUUAAGUGAAAUAGUUUUGACUUGAUUUUUCAAAAGUUAUUUUAUUUAAUUCUUGUAAUUUAUAAAAUCAUAAAUCAUGAAGAAGGCCGAGAAGAAGACCGAGGAAAUGGUGAGAAUUUACAAUAUUAAUAUAGUUUGUGUGUUUAUUUAGUUAUAUUUCAGUAUUAUAAAAUCUAUAUAAGUAAAAUGUAUUUUAUAUUAGGCAUAGAAACUAUGUUUUAUAUUUUAAUUUUUUUUUAGUCCGAGGAGGACAAACGAUUAGAAGAAGAACUUCAUAUGUUGGUGGACAGAAUAUUAGUAAGUCACUAUUUAUUCAUAAUAAUUAUUCCUUAAUGUUUUUUGUUUUGUUUUACUCAAUUUGAUACCUAUGUAUCAUUUUUGAUUAACUCAUGUUCUUUUAAGUGUUUUUAAUUUAAUUCAAAUUAUAUUAUAAAAUGUAAUUUGUCUUUUUGAUUUACCAAAUUAAUCAAAUUCAAAAUAUCAUAAAUAGGGAGAUUUUUGAUAAUCUUUCUGCUUAGAUUAUUCAAUAAUUGAGAUAUUUCAAUUUAUAUUAAAUUUAUUAAUUUGAUAAUCAUCAAGUGAUAGUUGACAAAUAGUAUAAACACAUUUGUUUGUAUUAAUUAUAACUAGCUCAUUAUCAUAUUAACUGUUGACCAGUUUGUAAAAACUCUAGUUCCAUUGUUUUGGAAAUUAUUAGUUAUUAUAUCUGAUAGUUUUGUAAUUAGGAAUUUGAUGUUUUAAUUUUUUUGAUAUUUUAGGAUACUGACACUUCUCUUUAUGGUGCAGCGUUAGAAACUUUACGUAAAUUGAUUCGUACAUCAACAACAUCAAUGACCAGUGUACCAUUACCAUUAAAGUUUUUACGCAGCUAUUAUUCGCGUUUGAAGGACAGAUGUGACACAAUUGAAACUGAUGAAAAAACAAAGGCUUUGCUCUGUUCAAUUGUCUCUAUAUUAGCUAUGGGACAAGAUAAAAGCUUAAGAGAUACAUUACGUUAUUGUUUAAGAGCUGGAGAAAUAGAUGUUGGUGAUUGGGGACAUGAAUAUGUAAGGUAAAAAUAUACAUUUUUUUUCAUUGAUGAUUAUGUUUUAUAGCGGCUAUAAAUCUGAAUUUAUUCCAAUACAUUUUCUUUAUAAUUUACUUAAAUUGUGAUUUUAUUUUUACUAAACUAGACAAUUGGAAGCUGAGAUUGCUGAAGAAUGGAGUAAUGAUCAAGUAAAUCGAGAUAAAUUGAUUACACUGAUCAAAAGUAUUGUAGCUUUUGAUAUGAAACACAAUGCUGAAAUUCAAGCUUGUGAUUUAUUGAUGGAAAUUGAUUUAUUAGAACUUUUGGAAGUAGAUAAAUCAAAUUACUUAAAAGUGUGUCUUUAUUUAAUAAAGUGAGUUUUUCAUUGUAUUUUUUUUUAUAAAUAGCAUAUUUACAGUAUUAUCCCGUUUUGUUAAAAAAUAAUUUGUAACAAGGGGAGGGUGGGCGGGUGAUAGCCCAAGAGUAGGUCCCUAAGAUAUUGGGUUCAUGUGCCAGGGCAGUACACAUUUGAAAUAUUUGACUAUAUCAAAAUACUUAUAAAACUAAUAAUGCUGUAAUAAAAGUAGGUAGUUACAGAGCAUAUUUUAAGACAUGUGCUUGUGUGAGGCCUUGUCAUAAGAUCUAUGUGGGUUGGAUUGAUGUAUUAAAAGGCCUUUAUUUAUGAAUGCUCAUAUCAUUUUUUUACCCCAGUCUGCCACUAUUUGCAAUUUUAAUUAGAUAAUCAAAUUUCAAUGUAAUAAAUUCUUCCUAAAAUGUUUUAAUUCACCUACUUAGACUAGGUACUUAAAUUUUGUAUUUUUAUUAAACAAUUUUACUUAAUCAUGACUAAUAUAUUUACAUAUUAUAAAAACAUAAAUAUUUUUAGUUAAAUUAUGUUUAAUUAAUUAAUUAAUAAUUUUUUUCAGUUGUUCAAUUUAUGUAGUUGAACCAGAAAGAACAAAUAUUUAUAAUGAAGUAUUGAAACAUUAUAUGAAUUUUGAAGAAUACCCAAGAGCAUUAUGCUUGGCUAUGUCAGUUAAUGAUACUGAUACAAUGACAAAAAUAUUUGUUGCAUGCCAAGAUCCGUAAGUUUUAAAUUCGACUAAUAAUUUUAGUAAAUUGCUUUUGUGAAAUAUUAUAAUGAGUUAUUAUAACAUGUUAUUAGUGGUAUUAAAUGUUUCUUUUUCUUUUUUUUACAUUUUAUACAAUUACUGGUUAUACAAAUCUUAAUUCAACUAAAAUAUAUUUCACCUUUCAAAACUUCAAAUGUGGUUUUUUAAUAUUUUAAGUGAUGUUGUAUUUAGAGUUCACAAUAUUGGUAUCAGUAAAUACUGACUAGUUAUAUUAAAUAAUUAUUUUUGAUUAGCUUAAUCAAACCAUUAUUUUAGUGACAAUUAUUUGUUUGACAAAAAAUUUUAGUAAUUUAUCCACUAUCUUGGUAGGCACUUGUUUAUCACAUGUGUCAUUGAAUUAGUAAAAUGUCCACAAUAUCAUAAAUAUUUGUAAAUUUACAGAGUCGUGAGAAAGCAGUUAGCAUACAUGUUGGGACGUCAAUAUGUUGGUUUGGAAUUGGAUGAUGAACCAAAGGAUAAAGCAGAUCUCACAAAUAUCAUGUCUAAUUCUCAUAUUAACGAACAUUUCAAUAGUUUGGCAAGAGAAGUAAGUGUUUUAAGUUAUAAUUACAUUAUAAUCAUAAUAUGUACAAUUUAUUACUGUAUAAUGUGUUGUAUUUAUAUUUGGUGUUUAUGUGUAUUUCUUAGUUAGAUAUAUUAGAACCUAAGACACCAGAUGAUGUAUACAAAACUUGGUUGGAAGGAUUAGUAUUACGUCCAUCGUAUAAUUUAGAUGUACCCGUAGACUCAGCUCGUCAUAAUCUUGCAUCGACUUUUGUUAAUGCUUUUGUCAAUGCUGGAUUUUCCCGUGACAAAUUGGUAUCAGUAGAAGAUGGAAACAAAUGGAUGUACAAAAAUAAGCAACAUGGUAAUUAUUUCUGCAGAAUUGAAUCAAUUAUAGAAAAUAAUAUACUUUGGUUAUUAAAAUGCAUGCCAUUUUUUAGGUAUGUUAAGUGCUGCAGCAUCUCUUGGACUUAUUCAUUUGUGGGAUGUUCAUGGUGGAUUAACUCCAAUUGAUAAAUAUCUAUACACUUCUGAAGAAUAUAUUAAAGUAAUUUUUGAAAUAGUAGUAUUUUAAUUGUAUAAUAUAUAUAACCUUAUAAUUUUUGGGUUUAGGCUGGUGCCCUCCUUGCUCUAGGAAUUGUAAAUGUUGGAGUACGUAAUGAAUGUGAUCCAGCCUAUUCACUUUUAUCAGAUUAUGUUUUACAUGAGAGUGUUUUACUUCGAAUUGGAGCUGUUUUAGGUAAAAUUGAACUUGUUCAAUAUUUGAAAAUUAUACUAUAAUGGUUUAUGUAUAAAAUGAUUUGCUUAGGUUUGGGACUUGCUUAUGCUGGUACAAGACGUCAAGAUGUGCUGUCAUUAUUGUUACCGGUUAUGUCAAAUUCCAAAUCUACACCAGAAGUCGUUGCUUUGGCUGCCCUUUCAUGCGGAAUGAUUAGUGUAGGUGCUGCUAAUCAAGAUGUUAUAUCUACAAUCCUCCAAACACUAGUGGAUUUACCUGUCACAGAAUUGCAAGAAGGCCAUUAUUCAAGAUUUUUACCUUUAGCCCUUGGACUAUGUUAUUUGGGUAUGUUUUAUUUUAGUAAUUAAUUUUCUUUAAAUUUUCUUGGUUUAUCUAAGUGUUCUAAAAAUAAUUUUAAAGUCUCAACGAAAAUAUAAUUUAUAAUACUGUAUGAUUAAAUUAUACAGAAAUAUAAGUUAAACAAAUGUUUUCAUUAAAAUAUUUCAAAAAAAAAUUUUAAAAGUGAGGAAAAACAAGUUAUGAAAAUUGAAGUUUGGCCCAUCUUUUAUUUAUUUAUUGAAUUGUAUUUUCUUUAGAUAACUAUAUAAAAUGGUGUAUAUUUUAAAAAUAUUUUAGUCACAUAAAAUUAAAAAUUUUAUGAAAUAUUAUUUUUAGGCCUGAAGGACAAAGCUGAUGCUCUUGAUGGAGAUUUAAAUGUAUUGGCUGAUCCAUUUAAGUCUAUGGCUAAAAUGACUGUCAAAAUGUGUGCUUGUGCCGGCUCUGGUGAUGUACUGACCAUUCAAGAGUUGUUGCACAUAUGCAGUGAACAUUAUACUCCAGCUCCAGUAAUUAUUAUUUAUUUGGUUACAUUUUUAAAAACUAUUAUAUUUUGUUAUUUGUUUUAUAGAAGGAGGAAACUUCCAAAAAAAGUGAUAAAAAAGAUAAGGAAAGCGAUAAAAAAGAAACUAAUACAGCAGAAAAAGAAAAGGAGAAAGAAAAAAAUAAAGAGACUGCUAGUAAGGACCUUUCAACAAUGCAAGCGGUUGCAGCCUUAGCUGUUGCUGUUGUAGCUAUGGGAGAAGACACUGGAUCGGAAAUGUGCACUCGCAUCUUUGGUCAAUUAGUAUGAUUUAUAUUUUAUUUUAUACUAUUAAAAAGAAAACUACUUAUUUAAGUUGGAUUUAUUUUAGGGGAGAUAUGGUGAACCACCAGUGAGAAGAGCUGUUCCAUUAGCUAUUGCAUUGUUGUCUAUAUCAAACCCACAAAUGAAUAUAAUUGAUGUGCUAAACAAGUACUCUCAUGAUUUAGAUGAAGAAGUAGCACAUAAUGCUAUAUUUUCUAUGGGUUUGGUUGGAGCUGGUACUAAUAAUGCAAGGUAAAUAUUUAAAAUUAUUAUUUCAUAUUUUACUGGUUUUAUAUUUAGAUAUUCAUAUGUUUUAUUUUAUAUUAUGUACAGAACUUCUUGUAAAAUUAUUUGUUUUUCUUAUAGGUUAGCAACUAUGUUACGACAGUUGGCUCAAUACCAUGCUAAAAACACUGGUCAUUUAUUUAUGGUGCGCAUUGCACAAGGUUUGACACACAUGGGCAAAGGUACACUAUCACUAUCACCUUUCCAUACUGAUAGACAGGUCAUGAAUCCAGUGGCUGUAUCUGGCCUUUUAAUCACACUGUUCAGCUUCUUGGAUACUCGUAACAGUCAGUAUAUAAUUUUUUUUUGUAAUUCGUCACCUGUUACAAAAUUUUAAUUAUUUUUUUGUAUUUGUUAGUUAUUUUGGGGAAAUCUCACUAUUUACUUUACACUUUGGUGGUUGCUAUGUAUCCAAGGUGGUUGGUGACUUUGGAUGAAGACCUUGAACCACUCCCUGUAUCAGUCAGAGUUGGUCAAGUGAGUUUUUUAUUUGUUUAAUUUACUAAUAUAAAAUAAUUAGUAUAUAUAUAAUUUAGUUAUUUUACAUAAACAAAUGUAAUGAUAAACAAUUAUUAUUUUAGGCUGUUGAUGUCAUUGGCAAAGCUGGUACUCCAAAAACAAUAGCUGGAGUUCACACUCAUACGACUCCUGUUUUAUUGGCAGUAGGAGAGCGAGCAGAACUUGCUACUGAUGAAUACAAAUGUCUUACACCUGUCAUGGAGGGAUUUGUUAUAUUGCGUAAAAAGCAAGAAAAUGAGUAAACAUUUUUUUUUUUUUUUUUUACUUCAUAUAUUAUAUUCUUUUUUUUUACAAAAAAAUUAGUUGUGUGACAACAAAAAACGAAUAUUACCUAUUUGUAAAUAUUUAAUAAUAAAUAUUAAUAUUUAUAAUAGACUGUCAUUUGUUGUACUUUUUUACUUUUUUAGUAACAAUUAUGUU